UCCGGAGCGAGGCACGAGCCUCAUCGAGCUGUGUACAUCGACGUGAAUAGCCUGGAACCUGAAAGGAAUAGCCAUCCCCACCUGGCUUUGUACGUAGCUGGGGUUGAGUGGCUCUGCCGAAAGCGACAAUGUUAUCAACAUCCCACUUGUCGUCCAGGAUCGCUUACCUCCUCCCAUGCUUGAGAGUGUGCUGCCGCUUCCCUGUUUCCUGAGUGUCUGUGUGAUCUUGCUUCUCCUUCCUAGGUUGAGCGACAUGAUUCUGGCGUGGUCGAUUGUAUGCGCCCGGGUACUAGUAGAGGCUGAGAAUAGUGAAGUGUCCGUGCUCCGCACUUGGCCUACUUAUGCACCAUUGUGCUAUGGCUUCCGACUUUCAAUCGCUUGGUCUACGCCAAGAAGCUGUGCCAAUUCGCGCACGAUGUCAACGUUCUAUGCACGCGGUCUUCAUGUGGCGGCGCACUAAGCAUUCAUGUUGAGUAGCCUAGAACUAGCGGCUGU